AUGGGAGAUGAUGGGAAUAUAGCAAAGAAAAAUAGGGCUGAAGGGUCUUCCAGUUUCACACAAAUGCACACCACGGGUGGCAGCCAGAGCCACCACAGCGGAAGGAUUAUAAGGAAUAAGAAAGUAGGCCACAAAUAUAGAAUCAAAGGAUUCAGGCUAGGUUAUGGUUCAAGCAGUGGUCAGAGUUUAGGCUACAGCAGUUCUGGAUUUGGUUCAGGGUCUUCCUUAGUGCCAUGCACACAAUGUGGCAAAUCACACAUGGGGCCUUGCUUGAUAAGCUCUGGUGGAUGCUUCAGAUGUGGCCAACAAGGCCACUUUGCCAGGGAAUGUCCCAUGAUCAGCAAGCACAUAAUGGGGUUACAAGGUUCUAUUGGUAAUAUGGCCCGUCAGAUGCACCCUGGCACAUCCAGCAUGGCAAGCAGUCAGUACAGUGGACAAUAG